GUUCCGGUGUUCCUCGGUGCAAAGAUUUCCGGGGUGAGUUAAUGUUGUGAUCUCUGGUUUCUGGACUCGGUUAGAGUAGAACAAUGGAAAACGGCUCGACCACAACCGGGGACGCGGAUCUGGACCAGGCGAUCGGUCUGUGGCUGCAGUAUGACAAGAACCCCAAAACAGUGUCUAUGGUGCAGGAGCUGGUGAAGGACGGAGCAGUGGAGGCUCUGAGGAAGGGUUUCUCCUCCAGGAUGGAGUUUGGUACGGCCGGCCUGAGAGCAGCCAUGGGCCCUGGCAUCUCAUGUAUGAAUGACCUCACUAUCAUCCAGACCACACAGGGCUUCUGUCACUACCUGGAGGAGAGUCUUGGGAACCUAAAGGAGCGAGGGGUUGUGAUUGGUUACGAUGCCCGGGCCCACCCUCCCAGCGGGGGCAACAGCAAGCGCUUUGCCAGCCUGGCUGCGGCGGUCUUCAUCAGUCGAGGGGUUCCUGUGCACCUCUUCUCUGACAUCGUCCCGACGCCUUUUGUGCCUUUCACAGUUUCCCACCUGGGUCUGUGUGCUGGUAUCAUGGUGACUGCUUCUCACAACCCCAAACAGGACAACGGCUACAAGGUUUACUGGGAGAACGGUGCCCAGAUUGUGUCUCCUCAUGACAAAGGAAUCUCUAAAGCCAUAGAGGAGAACCUGGAGCCUUGGCCCGAGUCCUGGAAGGCAGAGGAGGCCUUGAAGAGCCCUCUGCUGAAAGACCCCUACCACGAUGUCCACACGCAAUAUUUCAAAGCCAUCCAGAAACACUGUCAUCACAGGGACAUAAACAAGAGUUCGGAGGUGAAAAUAGUGCACACAUCUGUGCACGGCGUUGGCCACACGUUUGUCCAGUCAGCUUUCAAGGCAUUUGACCUCCGCCCUCCGUACGCUGUAGAGGAACAGAAAGAUCCGGACCCCGAGUUCCCCACAGUCAAAUAUCCCAAUCCUGAGGAGGGGAAGGGAGUCCUGACACUGUCGUUCGCUCUGGCCGAGAGGGAGGGGGCCACCGUGGUUCUUGCGAAUGAUCCUGAUGCUGAUCGUCUGGCCAUUGCUGAGAAGCAGGAGAGCGGACAGUGGCGAGUGUUCAGCGGUAAUGAGUUGGGAGCGUUGCUCGGCUGGUGGAUGUUCCGCUGCUGGAAACAGCAAAACUCUGACGCCGAUGCUGUUAAAAACCUCUACAUGCUGUCGAGCACCGUCUCAUCCAAGAUACUGCGCGCCAUCGCUCUCAAGGAAGGCUUCCACUUCGAGGAAACACUAACCGGAUUCAAGUGGAUGGGGAACAGAGCCAGAGACCUGUUGGACAAGGGGAAGAGUGUCGUCUUUGCUUUUGAAGAGGCCAUAGGGUAUAUGUGUAGCCCCUGUGUAUUGGACAAGGAUGGAGUCAGUGCUGCCGCCAUAGCAGGAGAGAUGAUUUCCUAUCUGGCCACAAAGAACGUCGGCCUUUCUCAACAGCUCACUAAUGUUUAUGAACAGUAUGGCUACCACAUCAGUAAGAACUCCUACUUCAUCUGCCACGACCAGGAUGUGAUUCGCUCCUUGUUCGAGCGCCUGCGCAAGUACCCUGGCCAGAAAGACUCGUAUCCCAGCGAAUGCGGUCGCUUCUCCAUCUCUGCCGUGAGAGACCUGACCACCGGCUACGACAGCAACCAACCUGAUAAGAAGGCUGUUCUUCCCACCUCCAGCUCGAGUCAGAUGAUCACCUUCUCCUUCUCUAACGGGGGCGUGGCCACCCUGAGGACCAGCGGCACUGAGCCAAAGAUCAAAUAUUACACUGAGCUCUGUGCUGCUCCUGGUAACAGUGACGUGACGCACCUGAAGAAGGAGCUGGACGACUUGGUUGAUGCCAUCGUUGAAAACUUCUUCGAGCCAAAGAAAAAUAAGUUGCAGCCUAAACCAGAGUAGCACUGGUUAGAUGUACAAACACAACGGGACUAGUUGUGGCUUAUAUCUGACCAGCAUUUCACACAAUGUCUUAUCUGCUCCAGAAGGGAUUCUUGGUUAAAUAUAGGUUGUAUUUAGCUCUAAAACCACAUCGAUGACCAUUCUACCACAUAGUUUGUUUUUGCUAGUUGAACUUAAUAGAGAUCUGAAUAUUCCUGAUGAAUUCCUUAAUUUGGAUAAUCUGUGUUCAAUGACCCAAGAUUGAGUUUGUUUAGCCAUCAACCUGUAUUGAAUGUGUAGUUAUGUGUCAAGUGUCAGGUUUUCAUCUCAGCCACAUGAUGCAGAUUUUACAGUUUAUCACGGUGCUUAAAUCAGAAAUGUUCGUUUUACAGCCGCAAUCAUUCCUACUUCCUGACUGCGUGUUGGAUACACAGAUUUCUGUAUAUUCACGUGUAUUCAACAUGAUGCAUUCCACACUUUGCUUCAGCAUCAAGUACAAGGCUGCUAACAAGAACAGCGACAGAUGAGUGAAGGGUGAAAGUGUGAUGUUGUGACCACGAUGUUGUAAACACUUUGAAUGUGUGAUAUCAAAUUUAACAGUAGAAUAUAACACAGAGUGUGACAGAAGAAUAUUAAUAUAAAGUUCAGUGUUUAAGAUUUAGGUGAAAGGGAUCGAUUGGCAGAAAUUAAAUAUAUAAUAAUCCUGGU